AUGAGCGAAACGUUCGAACUCACAACGACCACUCCAUCGGCGCAUUCAUUGGUUUCGGAGAAUGGCAAGAAGUACUAUUAUCUAAAUGUCCGACAAUCACCACCAGCUGAUCCGUUCACCGAAUCUCAGGGAUCUCAAUCGUUUGGGUCACAAGGAUCGUAUUCUCAAGAACUUGAACCGAAAUUUGAUCCACACAGAGAAACGUCUCAUAUCGUUGAUAGUGAACCGUUGAAUUAUGAUGACCACAUAAAUAAGAUUCAUGAAGAGAAAAGCGGUCCAAUUCACUACUACGGAGCGACUAUGGUAGUCAAGAAUGCACGUGAAAUGUUCAAUAAUGUUGAUAUACUACCCGACGGACGGUACUACUGCAAUGUAUGUAAACGUCCUUACAAAACGCAUGCCACGUUGACUGCUCACGUAAGAGGAUGCCAUCUUCGACAAGAGAGUGCGUGUACGGAACCGAACUGCAAUUAUGUAUCGUACACGGAAAACGAGAGAAGAAAGCACCAAAAGGUUCACGAUAAGGCGAAAUACUCGAGCUAUUCCAGAGAUGCGUUGAGAAUGCACCGGAAGAUGGAGAAUAUAAUAACCCCAUUGUUCCCAAGCGAAAAUAAUCUCCGCCGGACUACAAUCCAGAACAAUAAGGAGGUCGUUGGAAUGUUUUCUUCAUUUGACAAGCGAGGCAGAGUUAAGUAUUCGUGCUCAAAAUGUGAUCAGUGCUUUCACAAUGCAUAUUAUGCCACACGUCACAUGGAAAUUCACAGUGAUGCACAGAAACAAUGUUUUUAUUGCGGCGAGAUCCGGCAAGGGACGAUGGAUCUACAUGUACAUUAUAUGCGGUUCCAUAAAAACGAGGGAAUUCGCACAAUUACAUGCAAAGCUUGUGAAAGCGUAUUCACAACGACUACUCUCUUUCGAAACCACGCAAUGAAGGAAGAAUGCGAACUCGCGGUUCAAAAUUCUCGGAUCCAACAAGACAUCUACUAUGGUGAACUGCCAGAUGGUACAGUCAUCGACAACGCGACCCUCAACCGCUUGAACUUUUUCCGCAAAAGACAAGACGAGAGAGAGCAGAUGAAAUCGGUGACAGUCGAAAUGGGCGGAGUCAAAAAAGAAAUAGUUCAGCAGCCGGAGCAGAACGGGAAAGAACCGCCAGCAGCUGGAUCGUCGAGCCACGAUUCGGAAAUUUUUGAUGACUCGAAUUCGUUGAUUCAGACAGAGUUUGGACUGAAGAAUCUCGCAGAAUUUAAAACCACUCGAGCUGUGAAACGAGAAAUCGAUGAUGGCAAUGAUAAUGAGUUCGAUAGCAUUAAAAAAGAGCGAGUCUUGAUGGCGCAGAAUGGUUAUUAUAGUAAUCAUCAACAACAACAGCAUUAUCCGAUGACAACUCAAUCUCAGCAGCAACAAAAUGACUGGUCAUCAAACUUCGUCUAUCCACCGCCCACAUACGGUUAUGAUCCGCUCAUUGGGACGUAUCCAGAUUUCCAACCAACACAACAAGCUCUCGGAUUGAGAUCCUAUGUGCCAUAUCAAAAUGCAUUCUAUCCGCCGAUGUCUUCUGUGAACGAUCUCCCAUACAUCAAGCAAGAGAUUGUGACGAGUGAUGUGAAGCAUGGGGAAGACGGUAACUUUGGUCCGUAUCAAACUCAUGACCCUCUCAAACAGGCAUCCGAAAUAGCCUCCGAUUUUCUGGUCAAUGAGCAACGUGACGUCGUUUUCGAGGAGCUGAAUAAGUUGGAUUUCGUGAUGCCAACAGACACAGAAAACGACAAUGACGACGAUGAUUUGGAUGGGAUAUUCAACUUCUCAGCCGUCUAG